AACCCUGGCAACAAUCUGCAUGUCUCGAACCUGAGCCUUCGCACGCGUUCGCAGGAUUUGGAGAAGCUGUUUGGGGAAUAUGGAAAAGUUCAUAUCGUCACGUUUGAUCCCCACACUCAAGAAUCGCGCGGUUUUGGUUUCGUAACCUUCCAAAAGGCCGAGCACGCCGAAGAGGCACGGGUGGGAAUCGACGGAAGAGUAGAGCUAGACAGCAAAGUUCUCCGUGUCCAAAUGGUACGAAUCGUCAGAUUGGCGGCGGAGAAACCUUAG